GUGUCAUUCCAAACGCCGUCAAGCACGGACGUGCCACGCGCUAGCCAAUUACAGGCCACGUGUUUUUGUGAGUAAAUAAACCAGUGAUUUUAUUUGUGUAUCGACUUUUAUUGUGAUGUGCGUUGGAUUAUCGGAUUUUGAAACCUGUGUGAGACUUGAAGAACAGUAUUAUAUAGUAUUAUAAAAGUGAUAACUUUUGUGUUUUUAGCAGUAUUAGAUGGACAUAAAUGUGAUCAAAAUGUGGGAAAGUGCAAGUGGAUACAGUUAGUGAAGAUGACAGUGAGGUGACCGCGGAGCCAGCCAUUGUGGCUGCCGUGAAUGACACUCGGAAACAUUCCUCUAUUAAAAAUUGUGAGCCAGGGCCCGCAGGAUAAAAGCAAGGAUAUUUGCAAAAUGACCAAGGGCCCUCGCAAAGUGAAACUAGUCAUUGUAGUCAACAAUAAAAAAGACCCGCCAACGUUCAAGACCCUCACGCCGACGUCUCGCACACAGUUGAAGCAACAGUUGAUGCGAGAGCAUGCGCAGGAGCAACUUAGAAGAGAAUCUUUACAGGCACAGCAAGCAGGGCAGUCCAAAGACAAUGAAGAUAAGAAGAAGUCCGCACCGGCGGAGGUGCCGCGGAUCGCGCCUCUCGUCGAUCUACCUCCACAAGUUUUACAGGUCCGAACAGUUCUGGAAAACCCCACCAGGUAUCACGUGAUCCAGAAACAGAAGAGCCAGGUGCGGCAGUACCUCAGUGAAUCCUUUCAACCGACAACACAGAGCAAUGGUCGGGGCGCGCCGGUGCAGUCGGCGCCGGAGCUGGGCAGCCGGACGCCCGGCUCGCCGGACCGGGCCUCGUGCUCCAGCCUCCUCAGCCCGGGGCUCUCCCGGGGCACCAACAACUCUGAGGCGGACGAGUUCCUGGACGACAUCCUGUCGCUGGACGCGGGCGCGGGUAUGUCGUCGGGGCCCGCGUCGGCCGCCAGCUCCGUGGCCGGCGACUGUCUGUCCGGGGACGCUGACGUCACAGCCCUCGCCAAGGACCGCCAGAAGAAGGACAACCACAACAUGAUCGAGCGUCGUCGCCGGUUCAACAUAAAUGACAGAAUCAAAGAGCUUGGGACGUUACUCCCUAAAACCAACGACCCGUUCUAUGAAGUCAUCCGGGACGUAAGGCCGAACAAGGGGACGAUCCUCAAGAGCAGCGUGGACUAUAUCAAAUGUUUAAGGGAUGAAGUAAAUAGGUUGAAACAAAGCGAACAGAGGAGAAAACAAAUUGAACUCCACAAUAGGAAGUUAAUGCUUAGAAUACAGGAAUUAGAACGCCUAGCGCGACUACACGGUUUGCCCGUGACGGACGACGGCUGGGCGUCGCCGCACGCUGACGACAGCGGGGUGGAGACCGCCGGCUCCGAGUGUCAUCCUUCCCCUAAACAUGCUCCGGAGCUGUCCUUACCCAAAUUGGAACCAACGUCGUUUAUGGAGCUAGAAAAGGACGUGGUGCUGCCGGAGCUGCUGCGUCCCGCGGCCGACUGUCUCGACGCGCUCGACGGGUUAAAACUCGGUUCGUGUUCGCCGCUGAGCCGCGACGAAGGCCUGUCGCUGGGCGUCCUGGAGCCCGACCUGUGCUUGGAUCCAGUUCCUGAACAUCCGCUAUUUAACCACAAGGAUAUUAAGAUGCGGCUGUCGCCGUCGCCGGCGCUGCUGGGCGAGGACGGUGCCGCCGCGCUCAACCUCGCGCAGAUCGAGGACCUCAUGGAUGACGACUCCCACAACCCUGUCACUGCCGGCGACCCCAUGCUGUGCUCGUCUCCGACGUCGCAGCUGAGCCUGAGCUCAGUUGUGGCUGAGUGCGACUCCAGCUUGCAACAUAUGCUGAAUGUGGACUCACAGUACAUGCACCAUAAUACAGAAUCGUCCCCACUACUGUCAGACGUGUCACUGUCUUGUCUGCCGCCGCUGCUGCUGCACGGACACCACCACGCACCGCAUUCGCGCUCUCAUCACAAACAGACUUGCUUCAACAUGGACCUCGAGUGCUAGUGCAGUGCCACUGUACUGAACACAUAGGCUGAAACAAAAUGGCCGCCGUCACAUGUUUUAUUGACCGAGCGAGCGAGGACUAACAUUCUACUUGGGGCAAAAAUAUUUUUUUUGUAUGUGAUGUUUGUAAUGUUUGAUGCGAUAACUUUCGAACCGUUGGUCCGAUUUUGUUGAAUUUUAAAAGGUGUGUAUAUGUGUAGGAUAUGCCAAUAGAAUUUUUAAGUUCGUGGGGCAUCAAAAUCGGUUCGGUCGUUAUUGAAAUAUUCAAAAUUCCGUAAAGAUAUAUUGUGUUCGCGAGGACUAAGUUCGCGGCGAACACCUGAGUUAGAGACAAAAGUGUUAUAUAAAUGAUUUUUUGUGGUUAUUUAUCUAUGAGUAAUAAAGAAUUUUCAAUUAAACUAAUAACUACGAAAAUCACUUUAUGUAACACUUUUAUCUCUAAUCCCGCGCUGACGGCCACCAUUUUGGUUCGAUUUGUGUGCCGUGUUUACUAUAGGGGCUAGUGUUAGCGAACAAUCGAAAAAGAUCCAUAUUAUCGAUAUCGAUAGCUAUUUUGGAGCAAUACUAAUAUAGUCUAAUCGUCAGUCAUCAAUCGUUCAAUAGCGAUAGUGUUGUUCUUUAUUAAUAGUUUUGCACCAAAACCGGCUAUCGAUAUUGUAGGAUUGCUUUUUCUCAAACCAUCGAUAGUUGUCGAUAGGGCCUACCAUGAGACAUAUAAAUACGUAGCACAUCAUUGAAAUUCUCUCUUGUUUUACCCGACGCGUGCACGAUAUGGGAAAAAGACAGGAUCAUGUGGGGGUUAGUAACGUGCUACGCUGUGUGUUUCGUGUUGGACUUUCUGGUAUGCUAUAUGAACCUAAAGUUUAUUUUUCCAGAUAUUCUCAGUCUCUUAAGUAAGGAUUUUGUUUUUGUAUAAUGCCGACUACACACUAUCGGCGAAAUCAGUCUGUCGACUCGAUAUUGCGUAGUAUGUGUCUUUUUUAACUCAACUAAAAACUAGCCAUGUACGUUAAAAUUCACAGAGCCGGCAUAAGAUUUGCUUGCAUAAAAUAAUUCUUUAUUCAUUAUUUACUAGAUCAAUUUAUCGCUAACAUUAUCCCAAGAGAUAUUUUCGGUGGAACUUUUGGUUCAUAAAGUGUCGCCACCUAGUGGAAUAAAGCUAUAGUAUACAGCGCCAUCUAUUGUUGAAUAGUAGAAGUUAACAUUAUAUUAUUCCGCUGUUCAGAUCAAUUUUGUUCAAAGUCAAAACAAUCUAUAAAAAUGUUAUGUAUUAUGAAAACUAAAAUAUAUUAUUGUUAUUAUAUUUAUACCGAGAAAACUUUAUUUCAUUAACUUUGCCCAGAAAUGUAAGCUGUAUAAACAAAAGUUCGUAAUAGUACAUAAAGUAAGAAAUAGAUGGCGCAAAGUCGAAUAAAAAUUUUCAUACAAAAAGAUCAACUUCUUUCAUUGUUUACGAGAUCUCUAGAGGUAUAUGAUCGUUCAUAAGACGCAUGAGUGUGAGGCACGUACUUCGAAUAAGAUUCUCAAUGUAUUGAGUAAUGCCUGGGCAAAAAGUGCAAAAUGAAUAAGUUGUAUCAAAUUUAAUGAUAUUAUAAAUAUUAAGAGUAAAUUAGCGACCAGACUCAUCAUCCCUCGAUCGACACACAUUAAUUUAUAUUGUAAUAAUACUUACAAAUUCGAAAGUAAGUUUAUUUCUUACCCCUUUACGCAUUAUCUGUUCAACCAAUGAAUGUUUUCGUCCAUGUGAAACAUUUGUAAAACAUACCUUUCAUCCCAAAAAAAAAACUGUUCUCGUGAGAAAUUCACGCGUAAUGAGCCGCGGGCUAAAGCUAGAUUUCUAUUCCAGUCAGCUUCAAUAUUUUUCCGCUUAUAUUGUUAUAUUUCAACCAAUUUACACUAAAUUCUUAAUUAAUUUCAUCGAAAUUGGUCCAGUUUUUGAUAAAAUAUGAUGGUGUCAUUGUUAGUAGUACACAACAUACACUUUUUAGAUCUAUUCAGGUUUUUUUUUCCUCAUAUUUUUUGCACUUUUUGUCCCAAAUUAGUGUGUAUCCUCGAGUAAUGAUUCCGUAUUUUGUAUAACGUGUGCUUAGUAUUAUAAUGUGGUGUUACUGCUGCUGCAAAGAAUUCUAGUUAUAAUGUGUUCAUUAUUAACUUGUAGCACAUAUGUGAAAUAUCACAUUUUAUAUGUUUAUAUAAAUGAUUUUAAACUGAUUCAAGACUAUCGUUGUUAUAUGAUCAGCAAUAAUUUUUUGUGUCAAUGUGACUAUGAUAAAGGACGCCAAAAUCCUUUUUUUAUUUGAUACUAUAAAAUAUUACACGACUGUCAGACUUAGUAUAUUUUUGAAAUAAAUUAGUAUAUUUUUUGUAUAAUAACUCAAAUACCCAUCUAUACAUAUGACAAAAUGGUAAGUGGGCUAUGUCUGUACAUCUGAGUAUAUGGUGGGUCGUUAUGGACUAAUAGAAGCCAAAACAUUUUUUUUAUUGUUUGUUCGCGCAUCACGCAAAAGCUGCUGAAUGGAUUUUCUUGCGGUUUUAAUACUUGUAUAGCAAAUUGUCUAACUUAAAGUCUGGUAUAGUUUUCAUCGCGAUGAGUUGCUUAGAACCCGAGACAUUGACAAAAAUAAGUAAAAAUAUGUUAAUGUAUAAAACAGAAAAAAGUACGCUUUUUUUGGCAGUCGUGUUAAAACUUAAGAUCAUAGCUGAAAAUAAUGUUUGAUAAAUGAACAAUAAUCCCAGUAGAAAGCCAAAGAAACUUGCAUAAAAUUACAACACACAACAUCUUUAACACAGGAUAAGGCCCAAUUUCGCCUCUCACUCACACUAUACUGCCGUCUCAUCAUGAAAAGAGUUUUAUUUUCUGAGGCAUACAUUUACAUUUAGUAAAUUAGACGGCGGUGUGUUACCGAACGUGAAAGGUAUAUAUAUUCAGAUAUGUCUUUGAUAUCGUUUCAUACAAAAUUAUAAUUAAAAACCCGGGUCGUUAUCCUUUUUUCCGUCUUCUAUAGAAAUGGACUUUAAAAGACCAUUUAAUUUAAUAACAAAUCGUGAUAAUGGCGUUACCCGCAAAUUUUCAGAAUGCACUUGCAUAUAUUGCAUCUGUGUGAGGUUAUGUUGUUGUGCAACAUAUAUACGUAUUUUAGAAGUACUUUGGUGCUCUUUUAAAGAGGUUGUUUAUUAUAAAUAAUUAGAUAAAUUUUCAUGAAUAAAUAGAAAAUUCAGAAUAUGUACAGUUUUUGUUAUAUAUUUAGAACUUUUUAACUACACAAACGAAAACAAAUAAGAAUAAUUUUGAAUUAAUUGGUGCUCCUUUAAAAGCUUUACCCACAAUUCAAACAUAUAUGUAUACAUAGUAAAAAAAAUUGUAUAUCAAAACAAAUAUUCGAAAAAACAUUAUUUAUUUUAAGUAGAUCUUAACAUAACAUGUUAAAUAUGUUGAAAAAAUAUUGUUCCUUACUAUAUGUGUUGUUAUAUAUAUAUAAUAAUUAUAUACAAACUGGUAUAUAAAGAUGGACCACAAUUUUAUACAUUAUAUAAAUGUGAUAAAGUAUAUUUUUAGAUGAUUGUUUACGGAAUCUUGUCUUUUGUAUAAUAAAAAGCAUUCAAAGUGCCUUGCUUAUAGAUAAAACCUUAGGGUGUGAUUACACUAUGCAUAUCAGCAAAAAAAAUGUUUUAUAGUAUAACAGCUAGAUCGUUUUGUAGCGAAUUUUGUUAUGAAAAGUUUUAGACAUUCCUGCAAAAAUUCUUGCGCGACGCGAAGCGGAGCGCUGUUAGCAAGCCAUUACUAGUAUAAUAUUUAGAGCGAGAGUGCUAAAAUUUUUAUAAUAUGACUCGGCAAAUAUACUUGAUUAAUAUGUUAACUAUGUUAAUAUAUUAUUUUAUACAUAUUAUAUUGCAUCUAGCAUUUGCUUUAUUCAAUUUAUUUGCUGAUAACCCUAAGUUUGUUUAAAUUAAAUUGUAAAUAUGUUUGUUGAUAACACUGGUUAAGAUGACAUGCAUUGUUAAGUUUGCUAUGAAUUUAUAGGACGCUGUUUCACAACGGUUGUUGAUCUAGACAAAUUAUUAAUUAUCAACUUGUUACUAAGCUAAUUUCGGCAAAGAUGACGCGUUUUAUUUCGAUGUGGGACAUAUAUAUAUAUAUAUAUAUAUAUAUAUAUUUAAAUAUUAAAAUCUAAAUGGGGAAAAUAAAUCGUCUUCUUAAAAAGUCGGUAACGCAUUAGUGACUCUUAUACGGUUACUGGUGUCCAUGGACUGCGGUACAUGCUUGCCAUCAGGCAACCUGCAUGUAUGGGUCUACUAUAAAAAAAAAAAAGAAUCAUGAUAAUAUUUAAACAUUUUUUUUUAGAAAUUGGCAGCCUAUACUAUCAAAGUUGAUCACUCAAUGAAUUUAUUUCAAUAAAUAAUUUAUAGAACAAAUAUAAUUUAACACAAUUUUAGUUGUUAAUCAGUGAGUCUUGUAUGUUGUUUUUUGUUUUAGUUAAUUAGAAUAUUUUGUUAUGAGUUGCAGGCCUGAAUGGCAUUGCUGAUUCGCUCGAUAUAUAUAAUUAAUAUAUAUUUUGAAAUAUAUUUAUGAUAGGCCUAUUCCAAUAAAAUGUCGCCCAUUAUACAAUCAAAUUACUUGAAUUCAAUAGUGAUAAUGUAUAAUAUUAUUGAAAAAUGUCCUUAAAUUUUUAUGUCGUAAUAAAAAGUCAGCAACAUAAUUAUUUUUUCCAACAAAAGUCGGGUAACAAUCUACAUUAAUUUAUUUGAGAGCAAAAAUGUGGCCUACAUUUUUGUGUUCAUUUAUUUUCUGGACGAACCUGAUCAAGUCUAUCUUACUCUUUUCUAGUAAUUCUCCAAAAGGUUGCCUGGAAGAGAUCGCUCACAUUGAUAAGGCCGCCUUUUGCACAUAAAAAUUUUAUUUUCAAGAUCGUAACUGUAUGUAUUGCUUUAAAAUAAAGGGUUUUGUAUUGUAUUCAAGUUGUAUGGCAGAAGGAAUUAUACUUCUUGACAUCCAGUGUGAGGCAAAACAUAUAAAAAUUCAGUAUUGUACAAUUAAUUAGUUUGCAUUUUGUUUUUAUACAUAGAUCAAUUUAAUUCACAAUGUAAAUAUUUUUUGAAAUGGUUUAUUAAUUAUGUGAAAAUGAUAUUUCAUAGAAACGUGAUAUUCCUUACUUAUAAAAAUAGUUUUGUAAGUAGAAUUAAAUAUCAUAUGAAUAUCAUAACUAUUCUUAAUAUAAUGUCUAUUUUCCAAUAAGUUUACAAAAACCAAGCUGAAGUAUAAAAAAGAUUUACAAAUACAUAUUUUAAGACGAUAUUGUCGCAACAAAAAAAAAUGUUGCUUAUAUUUAUUUUUAGAUGAUAUUUAAACAUUUAAAUUUUCGUUUUCGAGCGGAGCACAAACACAAGCUUACCAUGUUGCGAAUGUUAUUUAAUAUUGUAUGAGAUUAAAAUGUUGAAGUACAAAAAAGUAAAUAAUUGAAACGAGA